GGUGAAGCCAGUGCGGCCCCGGGGUAGGUGCGCGGGGUGAGCUCACUCCUGCGCUCCGCGCCAGGAGGAGGAGGAGGAGGAGGAGGAGGAGGAGGAGGAGAAGGAGGAGUGAAUCCCACUUCCGGGUAGUGCCGCCGCACGCCACCGGCGUCUUGCUUUUCCUUCCUCCUCCCCCCGUCGCACCCCUCGCCUCUCCCUCCUUUCCUUUUAUUCCCGACCCCACCUGCCGACAUGAACAGCUCCGACGAGGAGAAGCAGCUGCAGCUCAUCACCAGCCUAAAGGAGCAAGCAAUAGGCGAAUAUGAAGACCUUAGAGCAGAGAACCAGAAAACAAAGGAGAAGUGUGACAAAAUUAGGCAAGAGCGCGAUGAAGCUGUUAGAAAAUUGGAGGAAUUUCAGAAAAUUUCUCACAUGGUUAUAGAGGAAGUUAAUUUCAUGCAGAACCAUCUUGAAAUAGAGAAGACUUGUCGAGAAAGUGCUGAAGCUUUGGCAACAAAGCUAAAUAAAGAAAACAAGACAUUGAAAAGAAUCAGCAUGUUAUAUAUGGCCAAGCUGGGACCCGAUGUCAUCACCGAGGAGAUAAACAUUGAUGAGGAAGAUUCAGCGGCAGACCCAGAGGCCACCGCUGACACGUGUGUCUCGGUGCAGUGUCAGAAGCAGAUCAAAGAACUUCGAGAUCAAAUUGUAUCUGUUCAGGAGGAGAAGAAGAUGUUAGCCAUUGAACUGGAAAACCUCAAGAGCAAACUUGUAGAAGUCAUGGAAGAAGUAAAUAAAGUUAAGCAAGAGAAAGAGGCUUUAAAUUCAGAACUUCUUGAUCAGAGGAAAGUCUUAGAAAAAUGCAAUAGAGUGUCCAUGCUGGCAGUAGAAGAGUAUGAGGAAAUGCAAGUAAACUUGGAACUGGAGAAGGACCUUCGAAAGAAAGCAGAGUCAUUUGCACAAGAGAUGUUCAUUGAACAAAACAAGCUGAAGAGACAAAGCUGUCUUCUGCUGCAGAGCUCCGCUCCUGACCAGCAGCUUCUGAAAGCUCUAGAUGAAAACGCCAAGCUCACCCAGCUCCUUGAGGAAGAGAGAAUCCAGCAUCAGCAAAAGGUCAAAGAAUUAGAAGAACAACUAGAAAAUGAAACACUCCACAAAGAGAUACACAACCUCAAACAGCAACUGGAGCUUCUAGAAGAAGAUAAAAAAGAAUUGGAAUUGAAAUGUCAGAAUUCUGAGGAGAAAGCCAGAAACUUAAAGCAUUCUGUGGACGAGCUCCAGAAACGGGUGAACCAGUCCGAGAACUCCGUGCCCCCACCGCCUCCUCCUCCACCGCCACUGCCCCCUCCUCCCAAUCCCAUCCGAUCCCUCAUGUCCAUGAUCCGGAAGCGGUCCCACCCCAGCGGCAGCGGUGCUAAGAAAGAGAAGGCAGCUCAACCAGAAACAACUGAAGAGGUCACCGAUCUGAAGAGGCAAGCAGUUGAAGAGAUGAUGGAUAGAAUUAAAAAGGGAGUUCAUCUCAGGCCCGUCAGCCAGACAGCUAGACCCAAGGCGCAGCCAGAAUCUUCCAAAGGCUCUGAAAGCGCAGUGAAUGAAUUAAAAGGAAUACUGGGGACACUUAACAAAUCCACUAGCUCGAGAAGCUUAAAAUCCCUUGACCACACUGAAAGCAGUGAGACUGAGUUAGAGAGGAUUUUGCGCCGCAGGAAGGUGACGGCAGAAGCAGACAGCAGUAGUCCAACUGGGAUAUUAGCCACCUCAGAGUCCAAAUCCAUGCCAGUGUUGGGUUCUGUAUCCAGUGUAGCAAAAACAGCCUUGAACAAGAAAACUCUGGAGGCAGAAUUCAACAGCCCGUGCGGCCCAGCACCUGAGCCGGGUGACGGGCCGUGUAAAUUGGAAGGAGGCACACGUUCCAAGGUUACGUUUCAGCCUCCCAGUAGCACCGGAUGGAGGAGACAGGACGUCGGCAGUGAAAAACAAGCUAAGCCGGUUGUAGUUUUAGAUCCUGUUUCCACACGUGAACCCCAAACCAAAGACCAGGUUGCUGCGCAAGAUCCAACUCAGCGUGAGGAUGACGAAGGCGACACGAAACCAGAACACAAAGAGGACAGCGCUGAAAAACUGAGAGACGCAGACAGCUCCAGCUGCUGACCCGGAACCCAGGAGGCCAGCGCACUCAGAAGUCCUUUCCAACACGCACGGGCGUCGUUCCGGCGUGUGGGUGAGGGCUGCGGACUUUCUGUUCUUACCGCCGUACUCAGAGUAGAGGCUCUUUCCCGACGUCACUUUUAUAAGUAGUUCACCUAUACAAAUAAGUAAGCUGUUUAGCAAAUUGCACAUGCCGUGUAGUUUUCUUAAAUAUUUAUAGGGAUAAGGUUUUUUUUUUCUAAUUACUGUAUUAAGUGUGACUUUUUUUUAGAAGGGUACAAACAAUUCAGAGGUUGCUAUUUUUUUAGUUAAUGUGCAUUACCACUAUUGAAAUGUGAUGCUGGAAGUUUGCAGUGCUGUGGUCAAUUGCAUAAACAGGAUGAAUAUCUUAAGAUGAUUUUAAAAGCCCCCAAGUAAGCUUCUUUUUGGAUCUGACCCUCUUGAUGGAGAAACGGCAGUGGCAUGGGAAUUGUGAGGCGCUGUGGCAUACGGAUUACCUUCUAGGAUAUACCGAGAUAAACGUAAAAUUCAGAGGCUGGCAUCAAACCAGUAGUCCCUCAGUCAGUGCUAAUUACACACGCUGUUACCUGUGGGAUGAACACUACCUGCUACUGAUCGGCUCCAGAGCCUCCCGAGGGCUUUGGUGGGCGUGCUCUGCUGGCCGGAACGCGGCACUCAGGUGACGCUCCAAUCCUUGACUUCAGGAGGAGUGCCACGCGCUGUGUGCUGAGGUCACUGGGUUUUCUCGUGUACCGAUGCGGCGCAAGCUCCGUGUUUUCUCACAGCGCUCGUUUUCUCGCUUCACUGCUGUUCUACAUUACACAGUUUUGUUGUUAGGUUUUGUUUUGUUUUGUUUUUUUGUGAGAAAUUAAGUGGUAGUUAGUCUGUAAAAAUACAAUGUUUCAGUCUACCACAGUGAAUAAAUAGAAAUGUAAUCAGGGAUUUAAAAAAAAAACACAAAACUUAUGCAGCGUUGCAAAGUCGAUUGUUUCAAAAUUGAUGUUUAUUUAAAAUAAGUGGUAAUGUGCUUGAAUGCAUUAUUUUAUGACAGUGAUUCAGUAAUGGUAAUUUUACUAUUAAAGAAAGUGAAAGGUUUCGUUUUGUUAGCAGAGCUCAGCAUGUGGCUGUCAGGUGUUUCUCAGCGAAGGGCGGAAGAAAAUGAUCGUCAUAAUCGCAGUAGUUGUAUUGUACUUUUUCUUGCACGUGUGCUAAGCAUAGGCUUCAAGGGGUGGGUAGGCAGGUGAAUGUGCUUCCUAAGCUUGGAGAUAAUUAUCCUUCCGUAGGUUCGUUCUGCUUGCCUGUUUCAUGUUCUUCCCGUGAUGAUUUGACAGUUACCAGUUUACUCCUGGGAAAUUAAAAUGUCAUGUUUUCAACUGUAACUUUCCCCAACUGAAUAAUACUGCUCUGUGAUACUCUCCCUACCGACCGCAUUAAUUCACUUGAACAAGUUUUGUUAUGCUGUGAUUUGAACUCUCCUCACCACACUUAUUAAAAAAAAAAACAAAAACA